GGGCGGGAAAAUACAGGCUGAGGCCUAGUGAGGAAGGAGCAGAAUAAAGGUGCAGCCGAGGCCUUGCUGUGAGGGCCAAUGGAUCACUUUAAAGCAGCAACAAGAACAACAACAGAGCAGCCGCCUCUAGUGCUCCGGCCUGGGCCUGUCUGACACCUACUCCUCUCCGGCUCUUCUUCCUACUUCUCUGUGUCCCACCAGCAGCACCAGCCUGUGAGGAAACCAUUGUGUCCCACUGACAUUACUACUACUAGUAGUACAGACACCAGGGACAGGCCUGACACUAACCCCUGCUCUGUAACUACAUGGUAAGGUUUUGUAACGACCGCUCAUUUUAGGAGGGUGGCUUGGACUCUCCAAAUUCUAGAAAUACUGGAAUUGAAACCUGUGUUUGAAACUGCCAUCCUCAUCGCACAUCCAUCGCCUUGCAGGGGGUCUGUAUUAUCUGGAAAUGUUGCGUCCAUCCAAUGUUCAACCUGACCCAAUGGGGCAGACCGCUAAUUCCUGCCAAAAAAUGUUGGACGGUCGCCCGCCAGAUGUUUCUGGCAUGGUCGUUGAUGACCCAUGCUUGUUGAAUAUUCCAACCUCAUUUUACCACAGUACAAACCAGGAGCUCGAUUUGUCUAACAAAACUUUCAAGAGAGAAGUUGGUGGUCCGUACUCUGUCAUGAUGGACAAUAAGAUUGGAAAACCACAUCUCCUUGAGACGGAUCAACAAAACUUCUUCCAGGACAGCAAACCAACCAAUGAAGUGCAUGCUGUGAAGGGUGAGAGAGAAAAUUCUGGGGAGUCAGAGGAGGAGGAUGAUGAGGAUGAUGAUGACGACGACGAUGAUGAUGAUGAUGAUGACGAAGAAGGAGAAGAUGAGGAUGAGGUUAAUUACAAAAGAGAACAGAUUAUUGUGGAGGUAAACCUCAACAACCAAACCUUGAAUGUCUCCAAAGGGGACAAAGGUGUACCCAAGGAUCCUUCACAAAUCAAGACAAGCAGUGAUGAUGAAGGGAGAGAUUCCGGAGAGGAUGAUCAGGACAGUCACGAGGAUGAAGAAAACAAUCCUCUGCCAUUGGAUGGUCAGACCAAUAUGCAGCAUGGCAACCAGGACCAAAAAACAGAGAACUCCGACAUGGUGGGUGGUGAUGGAACCAUACCUGCCAAUUCCACAAAGGAACAGGGUAAGGGCGGGGAGGCUCCAAAGAGAAAGAAAAAGCCUAAAUCACCCUCUGACAAAGCAAAAUCAGAGGAAAAAGAGACCCUGACCUGUGACAAAUGUCCCCGGGUCUUUAACACUCGUUGGUAUCUUGAGAAGCACAUGAACGUCACGCAUCGGCGCAUGCAGAUCUGUGACAAAUGUGGCAAGAAGUUUGUCCUGGAGAGUGAGUUGUCUCUUCAUCUACAGACAGACUGUGAGAAAAACAUACAGUGUAUCACAUGUAACAAGACCUUUAAGAAGCUCUGGUCUCUUCACGAGCACAUUAAAAUAGUCCACGGCUACGCGGAAAAGAAGUUCUCCUGUGAAAUCUGCGAGAAGAAAUUCUACACAAUGGCCCAUGUCCGUAAGCACCUGGUCGCCCACACAAAAGACAUGCCAUUCACGUGUGAGACUUGUGGCAAAUCGUUUAAGAGAAGCAUGUCCCUGAAAGUCCAUUCCCUGCAGCAUUCGGGAGAAAAGCCUUUCAGAUGUGAGAACUGUGAUGAACGGUUCCAGUACAAGUACCAGCUGCGGUCUCACAUGAGUAUCCACAUCGGACAUAAGCAGUUCAUGUGCCAGUGGUGCGGCAAGGACUUUAACAUGAAGCAGUACUUUGAUGAGCACAUGAAAACACACACUGGAGAGAAACCCUUUAUCUGUGAAAUCUGUGGGAAGAGCUUCACCAGCCGCCCCAACAUGAAGCGCCACCGCCGGACCCACACGGGCGAGAAGCCGUACCCUUGCGACGUUUGUGGCAUGCGCUUCCGUUUCUCCAACAUGUUGAAGGCGCACAAAGAAAAGUGCUUCCGAGUCACCAGCCCAGUCGGUGUCCCUCCAGCCUUGCAGAUUACACUCAACAACCCCACACUUUCCAACCCAUCACAGGGUAUCCCAAAUCUUCCAAAUGCCCAUAUACCACCCCCCAGCCCCACACCACCUCUGAACCUAAACGCUCUAAAUCCCCUUCCUCCGCGUCCAAUCCCACACCCAUUCUCCCAUCUGCAUUUACACCCACACUCCCACACACAUCACCUUGCAGUACCCCCUGUUCCUCACCUACCACCACCCCCAGCCCUCUUCAAGAGUGAAGCAUUGAAUCACCGGGGACAGAAUGACGACAGUUUCCUACGACAUCUGGCAGAGAAGACUAGUGCAGGCCAACACCAUUAACACCAGUGCCAGAUGUAGAAGUGUCACCCUUAUGUGUGGGAUUGCCCCACUCAGGAUUAUGUUGAGGAACACUUUCCUCUGAUGAGGCUACAACAAUACAACAAACCCUUGUCAUUUGCAGAAAGUGGUAAACAUCUAAAAGGGUGAUUGCAAACCUUCAUUUGAAAGCCAACAUAGCCCAGAGCAAUGCUGCACCAGUGGGGUGGCAUAAACAAGAGUACAACAUAAGCAUUAUUUUAACCUAUAACAGGUCACCCCAAUGUGGCACAGAGUCCGGUCCUGCUGGUGGUGUGGCUAAGUGUGGAGGAGACUAACCAGACCCUUCCGGGGUUAUUAACAUGGUUGAAAACGAGUUAAGAAUUUACUUCACAGCGUUGGGGUAUCUGUUCCCAGCUAGCUCGCUAUAGAAUGACUUUUUGGAAGGAGAAGACGACAUGUUGGGGUCCAUCCCGCUGUAUACUAAUCUCUCUGUUAAAGCAUUAAAAUACAUUUUUUUUUUUGGAUCUUCUCCCUUCAUAUUUACAGUCCCACGGAGUGUAAAAAAAAAAUAGUGGUGUCAAGCCUCUGAUGGAAGGGCGGCUCCUGUAAUCUUAUUUUACUACCGAAAUUAUUUUAGAGGAUUUUUUUGUAUAGACAGAAUCUAGUCUGAUGUAUUUCAACAAAAGCUGUGUCAUUUUUUCCUCUUCCUGUGUAGCUUUACCCUUUUGUCAAACUCAGCUGUUUUGUUUUUGUUUGGUUUUUUUUUAUAUUAUUUGAAAUAAUCAUCCACGUGGAUGUUCAGAGAUUCCCAUUUUUUCUGGCAUUCAAUGACAUAUGUUGCUCUUUUGAUUUGUAAACAUGGUAUGCAUUUAGGGACCCCCUCCUCCCCCCAAAAAAAACUUUAAAAGUGCAUUCCCCGUAUGUAGUAGUGUAAUCAUCAUGUUCAUUUCCCCCCCCCCCACAUUGCAAUACCAAUCACCCCACUUUUAUACUGUAGCCUUAAAUCUGCGAUCAGUGUCUUAUGAUCACAUGGGAUUGCACCUUUAAAGCUUGUCCCGUUUUAGUCACUCAAGGCAACCAUUGUUUAAAUAAAGUCCUUCCUUUUCCACUUUUCUCAGUGACAAGUGUGUGGCACAAAAGGGUCGGCGCCAAGAGAGUAAAGGAAAAGCAAUGUUUCCAAACAAGGUGUUCUUUUGUGACCAGUAGCGUCUCUCUAAUCCGAGCCAUAUUAAAAAAGAAAAAGCC